AGCUCUCGACCUCGUCCAUUGCCAGCUCUAUUCCAUCUUCUUUUCCGUGGAAUCUCUCGCUCGGAUCGGCUUUGUGUGGUACUGGAAAAAUCAGCACUUCUCACUUCAUUGGCCCACCAUCCUCAGCAACACACGUUAAUUGUUUCGCGCCAUCAGGGCAGAGAGAUCGAAGCCAUCGGAUUCGCAUUGCCAGGAACACAUUCAGCGGCUUCCGGAGCCCCUUGACCAGACUUUGUCAAUCUUCUUGACUAUUAUCUCCGACUAAAGCGACACCGCCUCCAGCAACUUCAUUAUCCAAUUCCACAAUCACCGAAAUUUAUCAGCGAUCCAGUCUCCGACAUCCUACUGUCCCGUACAGCCUACAGAAGCAUCUCCGUCCCGACAACCACCCGCAAUCAACCUCUCUCGUCAUCACCUCCCAAAUCACCUCCCAGCCGCUUCUUUCAGUCACUUCACCAUGGAAGACACGACAUCCACCACAAUCCGGCCCUCAGCGGCCACCACAAAUCCUCCAAGCGUCGAGAACGCCUACAAGCGCAAAUGCCUUGCCCUGAAGAAGCGCCUCAACGAGAUCGAGGAAGAGAACGAACAGAUGCGCGUCCGCAACCGGCGCGGCUGGCAGUACAUCCAGAAGAUGCGCCUGGAGUCGUGCAUCUUGCUCGAGCGCCUGGCCAAGGUCACCGGCAUGACCGAGGAGGCGUCCUCGCAGGCAGGGGCCGCCGCCAACCCGGAACUCCGGGCCCGCGCCGUCGCGCUGAUGAGCAACGCCUCGGCGUUGAAUGGGCUGGCCGCAUCGUCGGAGGGUAAGAAUGGGGCCGCUGGCGGCGGUGGCGGCGCGUAUCUGGAUGAUGAGACGGAGGGGAGUUCAGAUGAGCAGCCUCCUACUCCCCAAGAACGACCUCUCCGCGUCAAACGAUCCCGAAAAUCCAACCUCCCCGACGGCGUCGGCGCCGACGAUGAAGGCAGCACCGCCGCCGCCGGAGCUACCAGUAACAAUGCUGCCGACAACGGCGACAACAACACCGAUAACAACGGCACCCUGCCCCGGCUGGCCCCCGCCCCGUCCCAGGACGAUCUGAGCUCCACGUUUCGGCUUGGGGCCGGCCAGCACCCAGAAUCCGAUGAGCGCGGCACGAGUCAGAAUCCGGAAUCCGGCUCGAGAACCCGUCGAGCCUCUAACGCUGCCGCCGCUGCCGCGGAUGACGAUGAUGACGACGCCGCAGCUGAGGGAGAGGAGAAUGAGAACGAGGCUGGUGACGCAUCAGUGGAACCCUCCUCGACGCCGAUGGAUGUGGAUGUCAAGGAACCGAAGGAGGAGAGCUAGGGACAAGCUAUGCGACUUCUUCUUCAACUCAAAUUAAUCUUCACAAUUUCCUCAUCUUUCUGGGUCUCGAGUAUCUCCAUCUCCCCACCUCCCCUUUUCUCUAAUUGUAUAAACAAGGGCUACGGAGCGGGAGACAAAUCUCAAAACAAACUUCAAAAGACCAUCAUCCAUGGCUUGCUAUAUCUUCUUCUCUUCUUGACUGACUGGUGACCUGAAAACUGGUUUUAUUUGCUCUGUGAGUGUUAAACUUGCGCGAAACCAAUUGGUUUUAGAAUUGGGGAAACUGGAGCUUUUUUUUUCUCGUGUUGGGUUGUUUUUACCUUCUGUGUCGGAUGCUUAACCUCUUACCUAUUUUGCCUAUCCACCUACUUACCUUAUCCGCUUCUUGCCUCGAGG